AUGUCCACGUUAGGGCAAGGCGACUUCGAGCUGGUGGUACGACAGCAGCCGAAGUAUGCAUGCUGCGGUGCAGACGCGGCUAACACGAGCACAGAGCGGAAACCGAUCGACCCGCCACCCAUUGUGCAGCUCGCGGUCAACACCCGAAAAGACCCCGCGCGUACCUUCCUCCAGAACCCGUACCUCAUUCUCACUGCCCGGCUGAUCCGGAAGGGAGACGAGGACCAGGAGGAGCCGACAGGCCCCAAGGAGAGCGAUCUGACGGGCACGCUGGUGUCAUCGCUGUAUAGCCUCAAGGACACGGACAACACCCAAGGCGGCUUCUUUGUAUUUGGCGACCUGUCGGUGCGGAGGGUGGGCACAUACCGCCUGGCGUUUAUUCUGUACGAGCUGAGGCUGGCGGAGAAGGAGUGCUGGCUGCUGUCGCGCACCGUUUCAGACCCGUUUGUGGUUUACGCGACCAAGACAUUUCCCGGGCUCGCCGAAUCGACAUUUUUGACGCGCUCCUUCAGUGACCAGGGCGUGCGGCUGCGGCUGCGCAAGGACUCGCGGACGGUCUCGACGAAGAAACGCACCAUCAGCCAGACCGAGUCGAUCCGCGCGGCGCAGGGCGCGGGGAUACACGGGUAUCUUCCGCACGACGGGGGCGGCCACGAUCUUGGGCACAACGGACACAACGGGCACGCCCAAGCCCAGUCUCCGCAUCAUCUUCGCCGUCUCAGCUCCCUUCACGACCCGUCCCCGAUCGACCGUUCCCGCAGUUACUACUCAGAGUCUCCGCAAAUGCGCGCUGGUGAGUACGCUUCUGCCGCGUAUGGGUAUGCUGCGUACGAUGAUCAAAAACCGCACAAACGCGCACGUCUGGACGGAUCAUCUCCCGAUAGCCCGCAUCCUUCACUCGGCGGGGGCGCCUACGACGACGGCUACCAUCACUCGUAUGCCUCGCACCACCACCACGCGCACCACCCACACCCACAUGGGCCUCACCACGCUGCCGGCCCACGCACCGUCCCCGACAACACCUCUGCCCUCGGCUCCAUCUACCCCUUGGCCGGGGGGAUCUCUACCACACCAACGACAGCAACAGCCACUCUGCCUAUGCCCCUGACCUCCACCACCACGGCGUCCUCUACCGCAGCGGGGCUGUACGCGUCGAUUCCACGGUUAGAUACGAGCCACGGGCAUCUGCAGGGGAACCCGCAUUCGCCUACCGUUGGGGGGGUCACGAGCGCGGGCGGUGUUGGUAGCGUGGGCGGUAGCAGUAGAAGGAGUCCCACUAGUGCAGGUGGGUAUAUCCCGUCGUCAUCGCCAUACCAUGGUGGUAGUGCCGCGGCCGCCGCGGCUGCGGCGAUGUUUGCCGCGGGGGUGUCCUCUUCACCUACCUCGUAUCAUGGGGGUGUUUCGAUGCAUGGCGGUGGAGGUGGUGGCGGUGGUGGCGGUGGGUAUGGACAUGCACAUGGUGCUCAUGGGGUCGGUCAUCAUGGUGGGCAUGGGGGCCAUGCAGGAGCGGGGUUGGGGUUGGGGGUUGUAGGGCUGGAUUUGGAGGAGAGGUCGUAG